AUGAGAGGCUUUCAGACCUGGGACACCAUCCAAGCCUUAUCGUCGUACGUCCGGGGGGUGCUGACCAGCCAGGCGAUACUGAGGGGGGUCGGGGUCGGCCAGGAGGCGAGCACUCCUCUGGCUGCGGUGUUCACCUUCUUCGUUCGGGACCUGGCGGGCAUGCUGGGGGGAAUACUGUUCUCGUACCUGGAGGGCUCCAGCUUCGACGCAUGUGCCAAGCAGUGGCGCCUGUUUGCCGACAUCACUAACGACCUAGGUAUGACGGUGGAGCUGGCUUCCCCCCUCUUCCCGCGGGUCAUGUUUCUACCCAUAGCCUGCUUGGGGAGCGUCGCACGCAGCCUCACAGGUGUUGCCGGGGGAGCCACCCGGGCCGCACUCACCCAACACUUCGCGAGGAGGGGCAAUGCGGCGGAUGUGUCGGCUAAGGAACAGUCGCAGGAGACCGCCACGACCAUUUUGGGUAUGGUGACGGGCAUGGCUGUGACCCGGCUGCUGGCGGCGGGGGAGGGGCCGGCGGGGGGGCCAACCGGCGCCGCCGGGUUUGUGAUCGCCUGGCUUGUGUUCCUGGGCCUUACGGCGGUCCACGUGGUGGCCAACGUGGCGGCGAUGCGGGUGCUGCUGCUCACCUCGCUCAACACACCCCGUCUGGAGCUGCUGGUGGACAGGUACCUCCAAGACGGCCGUGUUCUCAGUCCCCGAGCUGUCUCCCAACUGGAGGACCUCACACCCCCGCCCUUCAAGAAAAUAAUGGACGGCAUAACCGGAGCCACAGCAGCUGUUCGUACGCGAUAUGCCGUGUGCCGUACAUGGGUGUGUGUGGUACCCCUGGUGUCCGGGUCGAACCCCUCCCUGGAGCGACUUAUCUCCCAGCAGGCCACACGACCCUAUCUGCUGGUGGCGGUCACCUCCCCCUCUCCUUCCCCCUCCUCCUCAUCUUCCUCCCGGCGCCAACCCGCCGCACGCACACGCAUCCACGUGCAUCUGGUCCUGAGGCGCAGCGCCGCAUCCUCCACCCCCGACCUGCUCCGGGCCUUCGUCCACUGCCGCUGCCUGGCGCACUUUUGCGAACUCCAGUUACAGCGGAGGGCGGCCGACAUGACGAUGAAGACCAAGACCAAGACCAAGAAGAAGGACACCAAGCAUCAGGUGGUGUCAGUCGGUGAGAGAUCCUCGAGGUUGCAAGAGCGGAAGCGGGGCGAGGUCCAGGGAAAGCAGCGGCAGCAGCAGCAGCAUCAGGGUGAGGAAGGGGUCGAGAGCGUGGAUGCAGCAGGGGCGGCAGCUGCUGCAGAGGCGGAGGCAUGGAUGGCGGCGCGGUACGACAUAUUGGUUUCAGAGCUUCAAGAUGCUGGGUGGCACACGGACCGAGUAGCUUUGCCUCGACCCAGCUGGACUGCGGAGUGGGGGCCUGUGACCCGUGGGUCAAUUGGGGAUGCGGGGGCGGUACAGGCGAUGGUGGAGCAGCAGCAGCCGCCUCAGGGGGUUCAGCACCUGCACCUGGAGUGA